AUGGCUCCCGGCAUCAUCGAACGUAUUCAACAGAAGAUUGAGCUCUUCCGUCUCGAGCAGCGAUACACGCGCCGCCGUCACCGCCGCUCAACCUUCGUCUCCAACGCUGUCUACGUCGACGGCGAGUACGUCUACCAGACUCCUACCUCGACCGGCUCCUCUUCCACCGCCACUACCAACACGAAGGAGUCGACAUCACCACGCGUCAAUGCUCUCCAUCACGCCGAGCCCGCUUCCCCCACAGAGGCCAUCUCGUCACAGACCGAACCCAGCAAGAAGCGGCUGAGCCGCUUCGCCUCCAUGUCUGGCUUCAGUUCCUCCAACAAGCAGAGCCCGGCACAAGAUUGGAGAUCAAGCCGCGUCAGCGUCAGCGAGAUCCGUCGGUAG